AUGCCAGGAAGAGGCAUCGAGCGUGCUUGUGGUGACUUCCUGGUCCCUUCUCCCACUGAUCAAGCAGACAGGUUCUCUGGUCCUACACGGAAGUUUUCGGACUUACCACGUCAGUCGGAGGAGAAGGUGCAUGUUCCCGCCACAAGCUUUCACCAGUACGGCAAGUGGUACCCGCCAGAGAUGAAGGAUUCCACCAGGAACUUUGGAUACGACGUCCUGAAGCGGGAGCAGGUGCCUUUGUGUGAGGACCUCCGACCUGGUGUAUUGUACGAGGGCGAGAAGUGCUUCUCGAAGUGUGGUCUACCUGGAGAAGAGGAUUGCAUGCCCAGGGUCAUGACGCUCCCGGAGGAUGGUGAGUUCGAGAUGGUCAAGCAUCCCGUUUGCCAAUCCCAUGUCGAGUGCGUUGGAAAGCCAUCUCGGGUUCUUUGCGAGGUUGUCAAGAAAGGAAGCUGGCAAGAGGGACUGAUGACGCGAAUGCGCAGCAUUGGAGGUGCCGAGCUGGCACUAUCCGUGUUUGCCCCACGUUGCCUCCAUCCGGCAUCUGGUCAGCGCGACCAAGGUGCGGAGCACGUCGGCCAUGCGUUUCUGUGA